AUGUCUUUGACGCUCGGACAAGCAAUAUGGGCAUCUGUUAAGCCCAUUAUUAAAAUCUACUUGAUCAUUGGAAGUGGAUUUAUUCUGUCAAAGGCCAAUAUCUUAACUGCAGACGGAAUUAAGUGUAUUUCCAGCAUUGUUUUGACGCUUUUGCUACCAUGUUUGUCUUUCAACAAAAUUGUAGCUAACAUCGAAGAUCAAGACAUCAAACAAGUGGGCAUUAUCUGUCUAACGUCAGCUUUACUGUUCGGUACAGGUCUCUUUUGUGCGUUUGUGGUGCGCUCUUUCAUGCCAGUGCCCAAAAAAUGGAGAGGUGGUAUCUUGGCUGGAGGGAUGUUCCCCAACAUCAGCGAUCUUCCCAUCGCAUAUCUGCAAACCAUGGACCAGGGUCUCAUUUUCACUCAGGAAGAAGGUAACAAGGGAGUCGCCAAUGUCAUCAUUUUCCUUGUCAUGUUCAUGCUUUUGAUUUUCAACCUGGGUGGGUUUCGACUGAUAGAGCAAGACUUCAAGUACCACGACGAGGAAAGUGCAGAACGCAGCACUAUUGAAGAAGCGACGGGAAACUGUGAAAAAGAAACUAUCGGUUCAUCACCCGAGGCGCCUCCUGUCGCGCACAUCGGAGGUUCGGGUCCAUACCAGCCCAAUGCAGGUCCCGAACACUUGUCGAGUCUGGGAUCGAUAACUCCUCAGGAAUCCCAAGCUGUAACGGUCGACUCAAACCAGCCUCAGCCCCUGCAAACGGGCCGUAGCGCAGCAAUCUCACACCGUCGGCGCAGAUCGACUGCUAGUACCAUUCGCACACUAGAACCACAAGACUCGCCAACAAAUGGUAUCUCGGACUUGGUGCGUGAAUAUUCAAAUGUGGACCAAUAUGGUCGCAGACGAAGCGACACACAUCGCUCGCAGCUGACUCUCGCAGGUCAGUAUUCCACCGCUGAGAGGGUUCGGAGUUCGACUCUUGCACGCAUGGUUACCUCAGAUGUGAAUGUUAACACUCAGGAUGUGAAUGAAUCGGGUAAAUCGCUGCCCCCUUGGCUCUACAAGCUGUCCCCUACGCGUUAUGUGGUGUUUUUCUUCAAAAACUGUUUGAGACCGUGCUCCAUAGCUGUUAUCCUCGCACUCAUUAUCGCAUUCGUUCCAUGGCUAAAGGCCCUUUUUGUUACAACUGCAAACACCCCAAAGCUUAAACAAGCGCCCGAUGCUCAGCCCGCGCUUUCCUUUUUGAUGGACUACACCGCAUACAUUGGUGCAGCCUCGGUGCCUUUCGGACUUUUGCUGCUUGGUGGUACACUGGGACGACUCAAGAUCGGCAAGCUUUACCCAGGUUUCUGGAAAAGUGCGCUAACGCUGGUGCUUUUGAAACUAUGCAUAAUGCCAAUUUUUGGUGUUCUGUGGUGCGAUCGGCUUGUGAAGGCCGGUUGGGUCACUUGGGGGGACGACCGCAUGCUUUUGUUUACCAUUGCAAUCAACUGGGCCCUUCCUAGUAUGACCACGCAGAUCUAUUUCACUGCAGCCUACACACCCGACAAUGCAGUUGAAACCGUUCAGCUCGACUGCGUCUCAUUCUUCCUGUUGAUUCAGUAUCCCAUCAUGGUUGUAACGCUGCCAUUUCUGGUGACAUAUUUUCUCAAAGUGCAGAUGAAGCUUUGA